UACAUAUCUGAGGGACAAGUUUAAUAUCUGGCCUGAGGGAAGGUCCUCAAAUAUUUGUUUUAUUUCCACCACAAAGGAGUUCAGCUGUCUUCAUUCACAAGAGCAAGAAUUCACCUAAAACAGGGCAGGGCUGAGGAAUGAAAGACAUGUAAGUCCUUUUUCUCAAGCAGCUGGAGACCCCUCUGAAGGCUCAGUUCCCUUCCUGUUGUCCUCGGGUGCUGCGAGCUCUCAGGCCUGAUGUUCGGGAAGAAGCCAUCCUCUGCGCGAUGGCUGCCUUGUCAUUGUCCCCCGUGAGACAGGGGAAAUUGAGGAUCGUAGACACAGAUCUUAAAUCAAAACCCAGGCCAUCAAUCUCCCCGAACAGACUGAAAUAACAAGGUGAGUCUUAUGGUCUGGUGUGUUUCACAGUCCGAAAAAUUUGGUAAAUCCUGGCUCUGCUGCUCACCAGCUCUGCAGACCUGGGUCCCUAGAACUUCACAAACUGUUUUUGGGGAGAAAAAGCUGGGAGGGCAGGCAUUUCCCCAGGUCAGGCCUCUGCUGCCCCCUGCAGCCUCGGGACCCCUUUGAGGUCUCACUGUUUUUCAGCAACCCCAGCUGACUGCUGUCCUUAGGGGCCUGCCUGAGCAGGCAGAGCCCCAUUCUGGUGGAAAGGUAGUGACUUUGACCCUGGUGCCUUGGAAAUGGGGGAGGAGAAAGCUGGCUGUCAGUGCCCUGGGGGCAGAAUAGUUGGCACAGGGAAGUGCCAGUGCUGAUUUUGGGGGCCCCACCCUGUCGUUACCUUCCAGUUCUUGCAUGGGUAGCUUCACUCUGUCCCCAAAAGUUAAUAAAUUCAAACUGAACCGAAGAGCUCUGUGUAAACUGUGCCUUCCUUGCAUCCCCAUCUCCUAGCUCCCCUGCUGGGGCUCCUGCAAUUACUGGUUCAGCACAAGUUCUUUCAGUGGUUGUUUGUGUAUAUAUAUAUAUAUAUAUCCAUACACACACACAUUCCUGUUCAAAAACCAGAAAUGGCAGUAUACUAUUAGACACGUGUUUUCUGGCCCUAGCUUUUUUUAGUUACUAAUGUAUCACGGGUGAUGUCUGCGGAACCUUCUCUGAUAGCGUUACCUGCAAAGAAAAUCCUGGGGUUGGGAGAGUGCUACUAGCAGGUUCCUGGACCUCUGAAAGUCCACCCAUGGGUGCCCCUUCUUUCCCCUAGAGGCUUAACUUCUCCAGUUGUGUGUGUAAAAUUGUGGGCACAAAGGGAUCUUUCUGAGAGGAGGGGUUGUGUCUCUCCAAGGGGCCUGUGGCCCAGAAAAGGCAGAGUCACAGCUCUGGGUUGCCUGGGAUUUCACAGAGGGGGUGGGGCAUGAGGGUGAGGGCAGGCGGCGCUGACUCAGCAGAGGGCACAGCCCCUUGUUUCUUGGGCUCGACUGGGCCAGCCAUGGAUCAGGCUGAGGUGGCAGGCUGAGGAGUGCUCCGCCCAUCCCUGGUGUCUUCUUGGAAGAUGACUUCCCACUCCCAAAGAAGGGUCCCUGCCUUCAGCGGGAGUGGCCCUGACUCUGCGAGUGGAGUGUGGGGCCUUCCUGGGCUCAGAAACCCGCUAUGGUCAGACCGGGGAAGCCCUUAGGGUUGCUGGAUCUGUGGAAAAACUGAAACACAGACCCCACGGGGUGAGUGCAAGAUCACUGAGCCAGGGAAAAGCAGAGGCUAUGGGCUGCUCCUGCCUGUGACGUUCAGUUGACUGUUCCUUUCCCCUGCCAGAGCAGAAUGAGACUGGGGAGGAGAAGCCCUCGGGAUGAGGUUUGGCUGCCUGUUGCUGCUUGCCUCUUGGUGUGUGGAUAAGGAAGAGGAGGUGCAUAGAGCAGAAGCCACAGCCAGGGUGGGCGUGUAAUCAUCACACCUCACUGCAUCCUGCAACAUCACCUCCCGCUGGCCGCAUCUUCACACUAAGCAGCCGCCGACCAGCCAGGAAUUCUGAACACAGCAAAGACGCAGGGCUAAAAGGCUGCACUAUAGGAUAUGGCCACUAGAGGGCAUCAGGACAACCACUGCGGUAGUUCAGCAUGAGAAAGUUCGCGGCCUGGGAGACGAGCCAGGGAAGAAGGGGCGGUGGGCAGGGGCUUGCUUGGCAGGGGUCUGGGCACAAUGGUGAGAGAGAGUGUGUGCCAGAGCCAGUGGUGAUUUGUUCUGGGGCAUCUCCCCUAGACAAAAGAGCAAAUAAUACAUUUAAUGAUGGUAACAGUAGGUUACAUUCAUUGAAUGCUUACUCUAGGCUGGACUCCAUUAAUGCAUUAGUCCUCACAACAGCCUUGUUAAAAUUACCACCACUUUUCAGGGGAGAAAUCAGAGGCGAAGAGAGAUUAAGAAACCUGGCCAUCCAGGGGGCUGGUGUCAGAACCCAUGUCCCAGGCAUGAGGCUGCGCCCUGUUCUAUGCCCGGCAUUGACUAAAUGCUUUAAGUCCUCUGAUUCUGUGAUAUACCCACUUUACAUGUGGGGAAACUAAGGCGCAGAGACAGUGAGUCACCCAGGCCCACACACCUGCUAAGUGACAUCUGAGUGGGCGUGGUUCCAUGGCUUGCGCUCUCAGCUCUGAAUUACAGUUCUGCUACGCAGAGGUGCCCCGUCCUCCUGCCCCAUGUGGUGCUCUGUGCCUUAAUAUCAAUGUGGCUGACACUGAAAUCUGAGCUUCCUGCUGUGAGUGGGAGUUCACCAAGUGCUGUGCCUUCCAACAGAAGUUACAGAUUCUGGGCCUCAGAUCUGCCUGGCUUUUGACUAACCAGAGGUGCAGGGAAGCCAUUGCCAGAGGAUGCUUGAAGCUCAGGGAGGGGACCUGGGACUCACAGUCUCGCUUGGAGGUCGAGGGUGUUGAGGAGUCCCUUACAGUGACCAGAGCUCCCCUGGGAACAAUGAGACCUGGCCCCAGGGCCUCUGGUUUUCAGGGCAUAUGCAUCUAGCAUACCAAGAAGGCUUGGCCAGCCCUGGGCCCUGCUCUGCCAGGCUGGCAGGACAGUGGGGACAUUUCUGGGAGGACCCGACUUCCUCCAUCUCCCCGUUCCCAUGCCCUGGCUUUGCCCUUCUCGGGGGAAGGGGAUGGCUGGCCACUGGGCUCUUGAACACAUCCCCCUCCUUGGAACCCAAGCUGCGCCUUACGAAUCUGAGUCCCACUUUCUCAGAGAUUUAUAACAUCGAGAUGCUUCAGGGACUUCUGAUUCAUUGGCCAAGGCAGCAGCUUACAGUCCUGCCUUAAGUUUCUCUGGGUGGGGGUGAGCAGGGACAGUGGAGGGGAGAAACCAAGAUGGUCCCCUCCCUGCAGCAUGCUCCUCUUUAUUCUGCUUUUAGGACUGGAGUCCUGCAGUUAAAUGAAGUCUCUUUGAGGGUUCUGUUUCCCGUAUUGAUGAGGACCAAAGGGGGAGGAGGGUUCAGGGGGAGGGCUUGGACUCCAGAGCACAGUGUCUGGGCUGGAAUCCUGGUUCUGCCCCUUGCUGGAGGUGCGACCUUGGGAAAUUUAUCUGACCUUGCAGAGCCUCAGCUUCCUUCUCUGUAAAAUGGGGAUAUGGUGGCAUCAGUCUUAUGAGGUUGGCAGGAGGGCAAGACCAGCCAAUGCCUGUGAAGGGAGCAUGUGCCUGGGAGAAACAUCGUGAACGCCCAAGAAGCACUCCCCUUUCUUUGUGCUGUUUUACCCAUAGUGCCUGUCUCAUGCUGGGUAGCUGACAGGUGUGAAAAAAGACAAAGCGAGUACAAACAAAUGAAAUGGCAUUGCAACUGAAGUAUAGGGCCCUGAAAUACUAGCUAGCACUGUUAUUGAUGGCGUUCCCGACCUGUUCUUCUAAGGUGUUCAUGUUUGUUUCAGGUUACUCAGGCAGGGCAGGCCUGUGCUCUGCAGGGGAAUGAGAUCGAAAGCAGAGAGGAUGUUCUCUCUGGGUACCUCUUCCACCCCAGCAUCCUCUGCUGCGAUGGGGUGAAGUAGGGGUUCGAUGGGAUGUGAUCUGGGUUGUGUUUUUUUCUCUCUUCACAUGGGAGGUUCCCAAGAAUCUAGACUGUGCCCCUCACCUAUUCCCGGCCACUUGGUAACAUGGUACUGCUUUCCAAAGGUGCUGCGUGGAGUUUCAUCCUGAAAACAGGAUGCCUAAGCCCCAGAGCCUCAGCCGGCCCAUUGCCAGCUCAGCCCAGCCUCUGUGCUGCUCCCCAAGCUGAUGGUGAAGGGGCCAGAGCACUGGCUUGCCAGUCUGACUCAGAGGGAUUUGAGUCUCUGCUACUUCUUAUUUGCUUGCUUAUAUGUGUAUGCCUAGUAUUUGAGGCUCAGUUUCUCCAUCUGAACCAUGCAAAUGAGGAUCCUGACCUCCCAUGGGGGCUUGUGAGGAAUAAUGUGGUGUUGAGAGUUGGGUGGGCAGAGCCAGGCAUUACUGCAGGGUUGGGACAUGAGGACCCCUUUGCCCCACCCCCAGAGAAGUCAUACCCAUAGCACAAUGGGGGAAGACUAUUUGAAAAGCAUGUGGGUUCAGUCCCUCGGCCGUGAGCCAACUGAACAACGUGACCAGGCAGCAAAGGGAAGGAAUAUGCUCUAAGUCCUGGAAAUCACCUGUCCACCCCCAUCUGGUGCCCAGUCCCUCUCACGCCAGUGUACAGAUGGGCUGGGGACAUUAAUUGCGUGCAUGUUUGAAGGCCAAGUACAUGUAAGCUGGAGGAACAGAAAGUCAGAUCUUCGAGAGAGAAGAGUGUGGGCUCUGGACAACCUGCUGGCUGCGGGUUAAAUCAGGUCGCUUUAUCUCUGUGCCUCUGCUGUCCUGCCUGUGGGAUGGAGCUUAUACUGGCUUCCACCUGAAGUUUUUGGGGUGAAUACAUGAGCUCCGAGGUAGAGGGUUUACUUAGCACUUAGGCGGUACUUAGUAGAUACUAACCACAAUAGUGCCGUGAUCUUGGUGUUUUAACUUCGAAUCUGUGGCGAGCAUGACGGUCAGGGAUGCUCCCUGGUCCACUCUUGCUUUGAGUUUCAGGUAGCCUUUCUCUCUCCGGCGUGGCUGGAAGGGGAACCACCUGCCCCGGCUGCCCCUUCCUGGGAGCCUCAGCAUCCCGGCUGUUGCGGCUGAGCUGCAUUUCCACCUGGAGGUGUGAGCCUGCUGGCCACAGGGCUGCCGCGCAGGAGACCUGGUGGCUGUGGACUCCCCAGCUUGGAGCAGCCCUUCUUUGACCUUGGAAGGUGGAGAAGCAGCCCCAUGAAGGUGCCCAGCCAUGCAAUGUUCCUGGAAGGCUGUCCUCCUCCUCGCCCUGGCCUCCAUCGCCAUCCAGUACACGGCCAUCCGCACCUUCACCGCCAAGUCCUUCCACACCUGCCCAGGGCUGGCUGACGCGGGGAUGGCGGAGCGGCUGUGUGAGGAAGGCCCCACUUUCACCUACAACCUCUCCCGCAAGACCCACAUCCUCAUCCUGGCCACCACGCGCAGCGGCUCCUCCUUCGUGGGCCAGCUCUUCAACCAGCACCUGGACGUCUUCUACCUGUUCGAGCCCCUCUACCACGUCCAGAACACGCUCAUCCCCCGCUUCACCCAGGGCAAGAGCCCCGCGGAUCGGCGGGUCAUGCUGGGCGCCAGCCGUGACCUCCUGAGGAGCCUCUAUGACUGUGACCUCCACUUCCUGGAGAACUACAUCAAGCCACCGCCCGUCAACCACACCACCGACAGGAUCUUCCGCCGCGGGGCCAGCCGGGUGCUGUGCUCCAGGCCGGUGUGCGACCCCCCGGGCUCCGCCGACCUGGUGCUGGAGGAAGGGGACUGUGUGCGCAAGUGCGGCCUGCUGAACUUGACGGUGGCCGCCGAGGCCUGUCGUGAGCGCAGCCACGUGGCCAUCAAGACAGUGAGGGUGCCUGAGGUUAAUGACCUGCGGGCCCUGGUGGAAGACCCCCGGUUAAACCUCAAGGUCAUCCAGCUGGUGCGAGACCCCCGCGGCAUUCUGGCUUCCCGCAGCGAGACCUUCCGCGACACGUACCGGCUCUGGCGGCUCUGGUACGGCACCGGGAGGAAACCCUACAACCUGGAUGUGACGCAGCUGACCACGGUGUGCGAGGACUUCUCCAACUCCGUGUCCACCGGCCUCAUGCGGCCCCCGUGGCUCAAAGGCAAGUACAUGCUGGUGCGCUACGAGGACCUGGCCAGGAACCCCAUGAAGAAGACCGAGGAGAUCUACGGGUUCCUGGGCAUCCCCUUGGACAGCCACGUGGCCCGCUGGAUCCAGAACAACACGCAGGGCGACCCCGCCUUGGGCAAGCACAAGUACGGCACCGUGCGCAACUCGGCGGCCACGGCCGAGAAGUGGCGCUUCCGCCUCUCCUACGACAUUGUGGCCUUCGCCCAGAACGCCUGCCAGAGGGUGCUGGCGCAGCUGGGCUACAGGAUGGCCACCUCGGAGGAGGAGCUCAAGAACCCCUCCGUCAGUCUGGUGGAGGAGCGGGACUUCCGCCCUUUCUUGUGACAAGGGCUCCGUGGGUGGGGGCGAGGGGCACCUGGUGUCAGUUUUGAUAAAAUGGACCGUUUCUAACUGUUGCCUUAUCUCCCCCUCCCUCUCCCACACUGUCUUUGUGUCCUUCCGCCCGCCCCACACUUCCUUCUGCCUCUUUGGUCUCUGAAAUUUGCACUAUGUCCUGGACAGGAGUCGCGGGGCAGAAGGGGAGUGAGUGGGGUGCAGCCCCCACCGCACCCCAUUCAGACACACGGACGUUGGGUGUCUGUGUGGAUGGUGACCAUGUUUACAAGCACCGCACUCACACAUUCACCUACGUGCACACACACGGGCGCGCACAAGGGGAGACGCCCCGAACCACACAACUUCCGGAGCGCUCUGAAUGGGCGAGUGGUCAGGGAACGGUAGUUUUGGCCCUGUCUAACUUCUACAAGGUAAGAGGUUAAAAAAGAGGCCACCUCCCUCUAAUUUAUGAAUGGUGUCUAAACCUCCUCACCCUGCUUCCUGCCCCCCAUGCCCACUGCCCCCUUGGGAGCAUAGAAACUGCCCCCUCCCGCCCGCCCUUGCCUGCCCGUGAGCAGGUUUUUACUGUGAGGUGAAUGUGCACCUUGUUUAUUUUUUCCAGACUGUGGCGAUGCUGUUUGUCUGUCUGAGUCUUGUGGCUGCCCCUGGACCAGUAAUGACUGAUAAAUCUUAUGGGUUUCUGAUUGAUCUUGGGGUCCAUCUGUGAUCUUUUCUUUGUGCCAAAAAGAAAAAAAAGAGUGGAUCAGUUUGCUAAAUGAACAUUGAAAUGCUUUAUCUGUGUUUUAUGUAAAUAAAAGAGUGCAAUAAUA